GGAAUUGAAAAAGAAAUGGAAUAUAUAGCAUCUCAAGGUCCUAAACAGAGCACACUGACAGACUUCUGGGCAAUGAUAUGGCAGGAGAACGUGUCACAAAUCGUUAUGCUGACCAACCUCAAAGAAGGAAACAAGACUAAGUGUGUGCAAUAUUGGCCAGAACUGAACAAGGUUCUUUCCUCAGGCGAGUUUUCCAUAUGUAAUAAGGAAGAGAAGAUCUACGCAUUUUAUGUCAUCAGAAGAUUAAAAGUUACUCAUAAAAAUAAGACAAGUUUUGUAACUCAGUACCACUAUACUGCCUGGCCGGAUCACGGGGUACCCGAACCGCUCUGCCUUGUAGUUUUCCAUGAUCACGUGACCAGGACAAGAAAUAAACAAAAUCAUUCUCCAGUAUUAGUUCACUGCAGCGCGGGGAUAGGUCGCACUGGGACAUACCUAGCUAUAGACGCCCUUUAUAAGACAGGUAAAACAGAGAGGAAAAUCAACAUCGCGGAAUACGUCAAGAGAAUGAGGGAAAACAGGAUGAAUAUGGUCCAAACUUACGAACAAUAUAUAACCAUAUUUCUGGCUCUCAAUUACAUGUUUAAGGCGUGUCCCUCUGUCCUGAAGAAAUCAGACUUUAUCAGGAAAGCGGAAUCAAUGAAGAGUGAUAAACCAGCCAAUCAGACUGAUCUCAGGAGGGAGUUUCAG